GAACGAUAUAUGAAAAAAGGAAGACGGUCAUCAAGAUGAGGUUUGCUACAGCAGGCCCGAACGAACAGCGUGUGAUUAGCCGAGAGUACUGCGGUUUCUACAACGCACUCGUUAUCGGGGCAGUUUAUGAGUUCUCUGGGUCGGCUAUUGAUGUUAGAUUGAGUAGAUCCUUCUUCGGUGCCGCCAAAAGAUGCAUUGAGAAGCAUCCGUCGUUGAGCGUGAUCGUGCAAGACAUGCAUACCGAUGCCGCGUUCUUCGAACGGGUGCCGACAAUGAACCUCGAAAACCAUAUUUCUAUCGUGGCAGGGGGUGACAACAGCGCACUGGCAUCCACUAAGGCAGACGACGGCGAUGAAAUGGCGCAAAUAGAGAGGCUACUCCCUUCAAUCCUGGACCGGCCUUGGCCGGCGUCGAUUCCACCCUGGAGAAUCGUCGUUCUUCCUUUAUCGUCGUCGACACUGCAAGGUAGCGAACGGACGCGCUGCUUCAUUGCGUUUUCAUUGUCACACGCCCUGGGGGAUGGCAUAAUUGCACUUGCAUUCCAUCGCACGUUCAGAGACGGGAUCUUUGAUCGCAUCGAAGAGGAUUGCUCAACGCUGGCCACUCCGGUCGCCGACUUCCCGGCUCCUUUUGACACGGCGAAGAAUCUGCCCAUCUCAUGGCGGUUUCUACUUAGGCCACUGGUCGCCGUUCUUCUGCCCCCCUUCGUUACGGAAGCCCUGGGACUGCGCGCGACUGCCAGUGCCGUCAAUUCCGCCACAUGGACCGGGGUCAAGAUGUUUUUUGAGCCCGAAUCCUUCCACAGCUGCCUUAAAUUGAUCGAAAUCCCAGGCCCCGAAGUUGAGAAGGUGCUGCAGGUGGCAAGGAAAAAUGGGGCUCGGCUUACUGCGACCAUCCACCAGUCGAUCGUACGAGCGUUAAGCAGGGCGAUUCCGAAUAGCGAGGCUGGGAAUUUCGUUUCGGGGACAGCAGUCAACAUGAGGCGUGCUUUCGGCAUAUCGGAUGACGAUAUGGGGUUUUUUACCAACGCAUGUUAUGAAUCUCAUUGGCGGGCAGAUGAUUGGGCGUCUCCCUGGUCCGACGAUGCCUGGCAUUGUGCGCGGUCUUUAACCGAGAAGCUGGCGGACUGCGCGGUAACGCUCCAGGACCAGCCGGUGGGAUUACUGCGAUAUGUACCCAGCAUCAGAAACUGGACUGCAGCCAAGAUGGGUAAACACAGAGAUUGUUCCUACGAGCUCAGUAACCUGGGAGCUUUCAAUGCUGCCGAAUCUCAGGACCCCGCAAGCGGUGCCCAGUGCAAUAUCACAAAGAUGAUCUUUUCGCGGCCUGUCGACGCAACGGGUGCACCGUUGAUGCUGAGUGCUGUUAGUGUCAAGGGUGGUAACCUCGUUAUUUCCGUCGUGUGGCAACCCGGAGCAUUGGGAGUCCCUGUAGAGUCGGAAUCGACAUUCGUCGAUGGGAUAUGUACUUUUUUGAAGGAGGACUUGAGGAGUCUCGAAUAGACAGUCCUACUCCAAAUAAUAUUAUGAAUCGCUCGGAUCGCAUUGGUAAAGUUGUCACUGCAUUACAGGCCCUAAUGGUAAAGACCACGUCACAUUCAAGACAUAUCCUCGUAUAAAUUUUCAAUAUCGAUUAUUGAUAGCUAGGGCUUGGACCAUAAGAUACAUGACGAGUAUCUAGUCAGUUAAGUCUCUAGCGGGGGACUCGUAAUAAAGAUCUAUCCGCGUCUUGGGCACAUUCUUGGGCUGAUUCCCCAGAAUAGCAUCUAGAGCUUUGACAAGGCUAUCCUCCAACGACGUAAACCCUUCUUCGUCCUUACCCAUCUUCUUCAGCACCUCGAUACUGCGCUCAUGAUCUACUUCACCGGCAUCCAAAGCCCGUUCAUCAACCGAUUCUAACAUGAUCUUGUGUGGGUAGCGUCUAUACAAGAUCUUGAGAAUCUGCGUCCACAUAUAUUACCCUGCAAAGGCAAG